CUUUUCCCACCUUGUGGCAGUUGGAAACUGCUUGUGUCAUAGACCUUCAGUGGACAAAGCUGUGGAGAACCCACCACACAAGCCCAAGUGUGAAAGGGUGCAUGUACACAGGCCAGGCAGAAAAAGUUCAGAAAUCCUGCCCACUGAAAACAGAAGAGGGCUGUGCCUCAUCACUUCAGCAUCAUAUUGCUGCCCACUAAGUGAAUGCCCUUUGUGUACAUGGAGGCUGAACAUAAAAAUGGGUAGACCUGUAGGGUUCCCUUAAAAUCUGCCAGGUGUGAUGGUACCUAUCUGUAGUUGCAAUACUCAGAAGUGGAGGUGGGAUAAUGGUGAGUUACAGGCCAGCCCUGGCUACAUAGUGAGACUUGGUAUCACGAAUAUUAUAGGAGCUGGAGAGAUGGCUCAGCAUUUAAGUGUGUGUACUGCUCUUGCAGAAGACCCAAGUUUGGUUUUAUUGCUGUGAAAAGACACUAUGACCAUGGCAACUCUUAUAUAAAGAAAAAACAUGCCUCUUUCCGCAAACUAUCACCAUGGUGCCUAAGAAUGCCCUGGCUGAUGCCCUCAAGAGCAUCAACGAUGCUGAGAAGAGAGGCAAAUGCCAGGUCCUCAUCAGGCCCUGCUCCAAAGUCAUCGUUAGGUUCCUAACUGUGAUGACGAAGCAUGGCUAUACUGGUGAGUUUGAAAUCAUUGAUGACCACAGAGCUGAGAAAAUCAUCGUGAACCUCACAGGCAGAUGGAACAAGUGUGGGGUGAGAAGCCCUAGGUUUGAUGUGCAACUCACAGACCUAGAAAAAUGGCAGAACAGUCUGCUCCCAUCAUGUUGGUUUGGCUUCAUUGUUCUGACAACCUCAGCUGGCAUCAUGGACCAUGAAGAAGCAAGAUGAGAACACACAGGAGGGAAAAUCCUGGGAUUCUUUUUCUAGAGAUGUGAAACACAAAAAGCCUCCAUGGACUGAA